UCGUAGGGUACGUUCCUUAUCCUUUCAUAGUUUCAUGCCCUGCAGGCGCCACCAACGAAAAUGGCCGACCCAAAACCUCUGCUCUCUCCCUCAACCCCAAAAUCUCCUACCCUCGACAGCCUCAUCCCGUCCGUCGAUGAGAUGAUCGAACGGUGCACCGGAAGGUUUGGCUGGGCCCAGCUCGUGCAAGCCCUCGUCGUGUCCCUCGCCUGGGUCUUCGACGCACAGCAAACCUUCAUCACCAUCUUCACCGACGCUCAGCCUCCGUGGCGGUGCACCGACCAAGCCAGUCGCACGUGCUCCCCCUCCGCCAACAUCUGCCGACUCCCCAAAACUGCAUGGACUUGGGAGAACCCCCAGACCUCGUCCACACUCUCCGAGUGGUCUCUGGAAUGCGCCGGCUCGGUUGUCGCCGGCCUCCCGGCGUCGUCCUUCUUCAUGGGUUGCUUGCUCGGCGGAUUCGCCCUGGCGUCGUUCGCCGACUCCUCCCUAGGCCGGAAAAACGUUCUCUUCCUCUCGUGCCUGACAAUGUCUGUCUCCGCACUCCUCACUGCGUUCUCCUUCAACAUUUGGGUCUACGCGGUGCUAAGAUUCGUGAGCGGGUUCGGCCGCGCGUCCAUCGGCACCUGCGCUUUCGUUUUGUCGACGGAGAUCGCCGGCAAAAGGUGGCGCAGCCAAGUGGGCAUCGUGGGUUUCUUCUGUUUCGCAUUAGGGUUUUUGUCCUUGCCGGCUUUGGCUUACGAAAACAGAGAUUCUUCAUGGAGAACUCUCUACCUUUGGACCUCUGUUCCCUCCAUCUUCUACUGCAUUCUGGUUCACUUCUUGGUCCGCGAGUCUCCCAGAUGGCUCUUCAUGCAAGGUCGUAAGGAAGAAGCCAUGGCCACUCUAAAGAAAAUUGCAUGCGCCACCACUGACGACGACAAUGGCUUAAACUUGUUGCUAGUCAAACACGAAACCUUGAGAGUGGAUCACAAUAUUAACCCCCGCUGCUCAGUUUUCAAAACGUUCAAGGAGAAAAAAUGGGCUCUCCGGCGAUUACUCACGGUGGUGGUGCUCGGCUUCGGCAUCGGGAUCGUGUACUACGGGAUGCCGUUGGGGGUUGGCAACUUGGCGUUCAAUCUCUACUUGAGCGUUACGUUCAAUGCCUUGUCGGAGGUACCGUCGUCGCUGCUCGUGUUCUUCUUCAUCGGCAAGUGGAAGAGGAGGAAGUCGCUGCUGGCGUUCACUAGCAUGAGCGGAAUCUGCAGCGUGAUGUGCGUGGUGGUCGGCGACGGAGUACUGAAGGGAUACCUGCAGGUUGGGUUGGAGCUCGCAUCGUUCUUUGGGGCUUGUACUGCGUUUUCGGUGCUGCUGAUUCACACACUGGAGCUGUUUCCGACAUGCGUGCGGAACUCGGCCACGUCGAUGGUGAGGCAGGCGCUGGUGUUAGGGGGCGUGCUGAGUCCGAUGGUGAUUGCGGCAGGGAGGCACAAUGCGUUUCUGUCGUAUGGUACUUUUGGGGUGUUGAUAUUUUUUUCUGGGUUGUUUGUGGUUUGUUUGCCGGAGACGAAGGGCAGCGCUCUCUGUGACACCAUGGAAGAGCAAGAAAGGAAGGAGACAGCUGUGGCGUCUGAUCUGGUCAAGGGUGUAUAGCUAGGGUGCAUGAAUGAGUGGAAUGAUUUGAGCAACAUUAUAUUAAUUAAUGACUACUUGAAGAUAAUACAAUAAGUGGUCUUAAGAUUUCAGUGUGGAAAAUUAAUGAUAAUAAUAACCAGGAAUCCGGGUAGAUACAUGCGUGGAACUGAUGCGGGGCCACGACUGUGUCAAGUUGAGUCGUGCACAGGAUGAGUUGUUGAGUUCAAUGCGGUGGACCUAUAUAUGACUUUUUUUAAUGGGUGCAAUCUCACUUGUAAUUUUAUAAAAUGUUAUUGUAGUAGUUAAUUAAUCUGCUAUAUAUUGUUUCUAUUUUAUAG